AUGACGGAUCGUGACACGACGGAUCGAUUCGACAUCCACCGCCUUAUGCGUUUUGCGAUGCGCAACUGGGUUCGAACCAAGGGACAGCAAAGUCGGCAAAUUACAAAGGUAGUGUAUCAGCUUUCGGCGAGGUUUCCAUGGCCAAUUCAUGAAAACCGAGCGGUGUUAGAAUUCCGCGGUGAUUGCACAGAAAAGGAAAAGUUAGGAUUAUUCCAACAUAAUAUUGCACAGGUAUUUUAUGUGUUUGGGAAAUACGAGGAGGUAGAGCAAAUGCAUCGGGCAACAUUGGCACUUAGGGAAAAGGUGCUGGGCCCGGAACACCCGUCGACACUCGACAGCAUGAAUAACCUGGCAUCGAAGCGCCCAGUGCUAAUUCGCGUAUUGUAA